AUGCAGAGCACUCUGACGGUGUACGACUGCAUCACCGAGUCGACGCUUGAAACGUCGCCGUAUCUCGAGACCUUGAUGCACAUCGAGGAGCAGCACAACUACGCCAUGUACAUGUCUCGUUCGAAUUCGAACGAGUGGCGCGUGACCGACUGGCACGGCAACGACGCCGGCGGCCCCAAGCUGACGGACGCGGUGCUCAAGACCACGGUGCUGUUCAAAACGAACGGCGGCGAGUGGCACGGCCACGACUGCAAGGGCAGGUCGAUACGCAUGGUGCCGAAGGAGAAGCACAAGUGGGAUGCGCAGUCGCGGGCGCAGUCUCACGCGUGGGACGGUCAGGCGGGCUGGCGCGACGUGGAAAACCAGUGGGGCGACGGGCGCGGGCGGGCCCUGCAGAUGCGCUGA